AUGAUACGUGCCGCAAUCGACGCCGCCCGGCUGGCGGCGGAGAGGACGGCUGCCAAGGUCGCCAGCGACGACGCUGCUGCUCUCGCUCAAGCCCUCCAAGCCGACGUCAAGGCGCUGCAAGACACGGUUGCAAACCUCGAGACCGCGGCCGCUGCUGACGCCGCUCGACUCGAUUUCGAGAGGACAGCCGCCGCGACCGCCAGCAACGACGCUGCGGCGCUCUCACGAGCCCUCCGAGACGAGGUCAAGGGGCUGCAAGACACGGUCGCAAACCUCGAGACCGCUGCCGCUACUGACUUCAGCGGUCUCGAGCUGCUGGACAACCUCUCCGGCUGCCGGCACCAGGUCGUAGAAGUGGAGGAGAGGGCGAUGGACCGCCUGGAGGAGGCGAUGGCCUCUGAGGAAGAGCCUGCUAAGGGCCAGGUCAUGGCUGGCACAAGUGGAGGAGAGGGGCCAGAGUGGCAGACGACAGAGUCCAGUGAUGGGAGAAAAAAAAAAAAAACAUGCACAGCAGCGCUUCAUGUGUUCAAGCAUGCCUUGAGCGGUCGCAACGUCAUCGCCGGGAGAGGUCCAGCGUUGGGUUUGUACACAGAAGAGGGGGCGCGCGAGACCCAAGCGACGUUUAGGGCGUGUGCCGCGGGGCUCGAGCCACUGGAUUCCCAGUCGCUAGACCUCGCCCGCUUCUUGGCCGACAAGGCCAUGCAAGCGGGAGCACCGGUGUCCGUUGCGAAUGCAGUGGAGGCACCCAAGCCGCCGGGGUACGGCUUGCUGGACUCCUCAUUCCGCCCACGGGGUGUCAGCGAUGAUGCCACGGUGAAGACAGUCCCGUCGCGAGUCGGGUACGCAUUCGUGUGCGUUAUCGGAUGCAAGGGGAGAGGGCAUGCCAGAUUUUGCCGGGGUCGAAGCGAUGACUGCCUUGUUGUCCGUGACCCCCGGUUCAACGGGGUUCGAGACAUGACCGCUGCCAUCAUGUUCAAGUUCGACGCGGACAUGACUGCGUGCAGGGACCGGACGGCAGACGGCUGCAACGGCACGGGCCCAGCAAAACAGGGCAGCAGCACCGACGGCAGCACCGACGGCAGCACCGACAGCGACAGCGACAGCGACAGCGACAGCGACAGCGACAGCGACACCAACACCGGCAGCGAUGGCGCCAUCACUGACAUGGACGCCGCCAAGGACGACAAGUCCAUCGGUGGCGACACCGUUGCUGAGGAAGCCGAGUCCGUCCAACCGAUCGACGACGGCAACGGCCCACCGAAGCUGGUGGAGCCGUAACAUGUCUUUCUACAGUAGUGGAACCGCAUCGGGAUUUCGUACACUGUUGAUGUUGUUCCACUCGAGCUCGAGAAGAAUGUAGUCCUCGUGCGCAUUAGUGCAAGGGGAAACUAAAGAGCCAUCCGGUACACCUACUGCGGGGCCGAAAAAAACAUUUCGAGAGUUUUGCUAUUCUUUGAGGCUUAGAGCGCGCUCCACGCAACCCAUGAGCGGAGGAGACAUCGUAUGUGCCGCCUAGUUACGGUGUUUCGUGCAUUUUUUUAGCAGAUUAGGUGCGCUCUGUUGAUGUGCGACGUCGUACCCCUUUUGUGUUGUCAUGCUUGCGGGUUCGCAAGAGAGGAUCCUGGUUCGCGCAAGGGUACCUCAUCGAAAACGGGGUUCCCCGCGCGUGACCCCUAUGCUUUGUAUAGGAAUAAGACUACCGGAAUCCCCACUCCCCGGAAGAUAUCAAAAAUAAGGACUAUCGAUACUUGACUACUGUAGGCAUGUUGCAGGGAUAUAAUACUGGUGUACCCUUGGGUGCGGGACGUUCGUUGUCUUGGCUAGUCUUGGUGUGUUACAUUUCUCGUCAACACUAUUGUUGGUGGUGGUGUCGUUAGGUGCCGAGUGCUGGAUUUGAGAAUGAGGCCAUGUCCUCCCGCCACCCUCUCCGUUUUCGGGAUGAGCUUUGAGGUCGAUCGAUGUAGUCUGCCCAACGUGUGCCGCAUUCGCUUCAUAUAUCAGCCGGGGUUUGACAGGACAUUGUUUUUACAGUGUAGAAUGUCUCAGUGCUCCAGCGCGGCCGUAACUCACGAAUGGAUGGCUCGUCACCGCAAACCGCAACAACGAAGAAGAUGUUUCAUUCCAGCGAGAGUGAAUCGACGCUCGACCU